UCCAGGGAGCGCACUAAUGGCGGCCGGCACCUCCGCGCUGCUCUGACACUAAAUCCCAAACAGCGCACCGCGACGCGGGGAACGGAACCGUAAGGGUGAUACACGGCGCUGAUCGGAACCGGGACAGGCGGAUCUGCGCGAAAAUACGCUGCUAUCGCUGCGGGGAGUUUCCUCUCUUUAAAACAUGGAUGAACACCCCGGAGGAGGAGGAGGAGGAAUGGCCACUCCGAGGCAGCAGCCAUCUCCGCAGCAGGGGAAUAAUAACGCCGCUAAUCCCCCGACCGAGGGGGGAGGAGGCGCCGGGAUGGGCCCGCAGCAGCAGGACGAGCUGCCGCGGCCUCAGCAGUACACCAUCCCGGGGAUCUUGCACUACAUCCAGCACGAAUGGGCCCGCUUCGAGAUGGAGAGGGCGCACUGGGAGGUGGAGAGGGCCGAGCUCCAGGCCCGAAUAGCAUUCCUACAAGGAGAGAGGAAGGGCCAGGAGAACCUGAAGAACGAUCUAGUCAGAAGAAUAAAAAUGUUAGAAUAUGCAUUAAAGCAGGAAAGAGCAAAGUACCACAAAUUAAAAUACGGUACAGAACUGAACCAAGGGGAAGUAAAGAUGCCUAGUUUUGAAUCAGAAGAAACCAAAGACUCUGAGGCCCCUGCAGUUCCCCAGAACAGCCAGUUAACGUGGAAACAGGGCCGACAGCUGCUCAGACAAUAUCUUCAGGAAGUAGGCUACACGGACACCAUUCUGGACGUGCGGUCUCAGCGGGUCCGGUCAUUACUGGGUCUGACCGGUUCUGAGCAGAACGGCUCGGUGGAGACCAAGAACCUGGAGCAGAUUCUGAAUGGAGGAGACGCUCCCUCCAAACAAAAGGGUCAAGAUGUGAAACGGAACACGGGGGACGUUCUGGAAACGUUUAACUUCUUGGAGAACGCUGAUGACAGUGAUGAAGAGGAGGAUGAGGAAGGAGACCUAGUGGAUGACAUCUCUGACCGGACGGAGAAGCACAGACUAAACCGGCAUAAGAUAAAGAUCGGGAACGAGGGGCUGGCGUCCGACCUUCCGGACGACCCCGACACGGAGGAGGCGCUGAAGGAGUUCGACUUCCUGGUGACAGCGGAGGAUGGGGAGGGGGCGGGGGAGGCCCGCAGCUCAGGGGACGGGACGGAGUGGGCCGAGCCGCUGCCGUUCCCCUCCGGAGGGGGCAAGUCCUUCAUCAUGGGCUCCGAUGACGUGCUGGAGAGUGUCCUGGGCCUGGGGGACCUGGCCGACCUGACCGUGUCCAACGACGAGGCCGAAUACAGCUAUGAUCUGCCGGCCAAUAAGGACGCCUUCAGGAAGACCUGGAACCCCAAGUACACGUUGCGCAGCCACUUCGACGGCGUGCGGGCGCUGGCCUUCCACCCCGUGGAGCCCGUCCUCGUCAGCGUGUCCGAGGACCACACCCUGAAGCUGUGGAACCUGCAGAAGACUGUUCCAGCCAAAAAAAGUGCCUCUUUCGAUGUGGAGCCUAUUUACACAUUCAGAGCUCACGUGGGCCCGGUUCUGUCGCUGGCCUUCAGCUCCAGCGGAGAGCAGUGCUUCAGCGGGGGCAUCGACUCCACCAUCCAGUGGUGGAACAUCCCCAGCUCCAACGUGGACCCUUAUGACACCUACGACCCCGGAGUUCUGGCUGGCACUCUCCUGGGCCACAGCGACGCCGUGUGGGGCCUGGCCUACAGCGGCAUCAAGAACCGCCUGCUGUCCUGUUCUGCAGAUGGGACCGUGCGGCUCUGGAACCCGCCCGAAAAAUCGCCCUGCGUCAGCACUUACAACCUGGACAAGGCACACGGGAUUCCCACCGCGGUCGACUUUAACGGCUGCGACCCUGCGCACAUGGUGGCCUCCUUCAGCACCGGCAGCACCGUCAUCUACGACCUGGAGACCUCUCAACCUGCCGUGGUCUUCUCCACCCAGAGCGACAGCGCUCUCCCUGCAGCCAGCUACAUAAACCGUGUGGUCAGCCACCCCACCCUGCCAGUCACCAUCACCGCCCAUGAGGACAGACACAUCAAAUUCUUCGACAACAAAAGCGGUAAACUCAUCCACGCCAUGGUGGCCCACCUGGACGCUGUCACCAGCCUGGCGGUCGACCCUAACGGCAUAUACCUGAUGUCAGGAAGCCACGACUGCUCCAUCCGCCUCUGGAACCUGGAGAGCAAGACCUGCGUGCAGGAGAUCACUGCCCACCGCAAGAAGUCUGAUGAGUCCAUCUACGACGUGGCCUUCCACCCGUCGAAGGCCUUCAUCGCUAGUGCAGGGGCUGACGCCCUGGCCAAAGUCUUCGUGUGAUUGGCCGGUGCCCGGCGCGCUGGGAGAGGGCGGGUCGCUUCACUGCCUUGUGUGAUGAGUGUAACAUUUAGACACUACACAGGACCCCCCACCACACCCCCACCUGCGCCCGCGGCAGCCCCUGGAGACGGGCCCAGGAGGGGGAGGGGGGGCUCCUCAGCUUUACCUGACUCUGACUAAUUCAUUUACCUGUAAUUACUGUACGUUAAAGCAGGAGACUCUGGCUGGGUUUAGACUGAGUCUGCCUGUUGUGUAGGUGUGUGUCAGUGACCGUGGGUCGUACUGCAGACCGAGGGGGGGGGUGUCAGACAGUGACCCCGCCCUCGCCCACACCAGGUCACAUGAUCACACGUUGCCCUCCACCCUCAUGUAGCGCAAACACAGUAGACGUAACCCGUAACGAUGAGUCUGCUUCAUGCAUUAGCAUUAGUUUCAGGACAUUUCUUUGCAUAAAAAGUAUAGUUUUUAUAAGCCUUUUUUAUAUAAAUCAAGCCUGUCUUGACAGUGCUGAAAAUGUGCAUAAAAAAGUUUUAUUCCCGUCUUUGACCCUGCUGGCAUGCCCCAGCCCCGCCCCAAGCCCCGCCCAACCCCGCCCACCCACCUCGCUGCUCCCACACGCCACACCCUUCCCUGUCACUCAAACGUGUGGGUGGGUCCUGACCUAUGGAUGCUAACUCUAAGGCUGCUUUAAAAGCGUCUUUUCACAGAGCAGAAGACUGGCAGAGAAGCUGUGUUCAUGGCUUCCCGUGAACUCUUUUAAACAAUAAAGCGCGGCAUCCUAUCACUAUGUGAUAUAUUUGUACAUCUUACUGUAUUUACAAGUUUAUUUAUCACGGGUUAGACAUCUUAAUGCUACAGGCUUGUUAUUUAUUUCACUUUCUGUUAGUCUUAUCCUUUUCUUUUUUAACUGCGCGCUGUGUGGAGUGAGAGGGUCGUGGUUCAGACUGAGCUUUCAGGUGAAGGCAGCUGAAAAGCAGAAGCUGUAAGUUAAUGUAAACGUCUGUUUUUAAACACAAAGGAAUUUUAUCUGACUAACGCUGGGGUGUGUUUCGCCCCCGCGUAACCACAGAGGAAAGGGGGGAGGGAGGGCUUUUUGGUUUUACCCCCCUCCUCCCCCCAGUUUUCCAUUUCGUGCUGAGAAUCGGAAUGAGCAAGUGUUGGAGAUGAAUCACGGUUCACAGUCUGCUGUCGGGUUAAUGCUUUCCCUUACUUUUAUUUUCUAAAAUUAUUUUAUUUUUGAACAUGCUUCAAUUUAUGGUGUAACUAAAGAUUUUUUGUUUGUGUAAUGCAUGAUUAAUACAAUAAAGUAUUUUUUCUAGUCUUCCACAAAAAGAUUUCUGAUCAGUUUGCGAGUUUUGAUGAGUUUUGUAAGGUUUUUGUUUUACAGACUAUGAAUCAGUAAAUUUUUA